UCUGGAGAUUUGGAGAAUGUAUUCCUUUCUUCUGUCUUUCUUUCCAUUUUUUUUUUAGGAGAGUGACAGAUGGUAAGUCCUCCCCCCCAGGGACCCAAAUCUCCCUCAAUCCAACCGCACGUCAAUCAGAGGCUCCCGUGUGAUCGCUCCCGCGGAUGACGUGCCAGCCAUAUGGCCUGGCAUCAGAGCUGGUACCAUGACUCGGUAGACAUGCCACCCUCUCCUCCUUUUGGAUUGCACUCUGAAGGAGCUUGAGAACCUCAAGGAGACUGUUCUACUCCCAGAAGAUGAUCUGAACCAUGUCAUAAAUUUCUUCAGCGCCUAGCUCUGGAGCAAUCAUGUUGACCAGGCUGUUCAGCGAGACCAGUCUUAUCCCUGAGGUUCAGAAAUUUGCCACCUGGCCAGAUGAGUGUGACGAAGAUUUGAGCGACAAGGAUGAAAGAAGCGAGAAGAGCCUGCAGGAUGUCCACACAGAGGGCUCCCUCAGUGAGAGUAAAGACGAUGGUGAUAUUGGAGAAGAGGAUGAGGAGGAGGAUGAGGAGGAGGAAGGGGCAGAGGAGACAGAGGGGGAAAGGCCCAAGAAACGUGGACCCAAAAAGAGAAAAAUGACGAAAGCCAGAAUCGAGAGGUCCAAGGUAAGACGUCAGAAAGCCAAUGCCAGGGAGAGGAACCGCAUGCACGACCUCAACUCUGCCCUGGACAACCUCAGGAAAGUGGUGCCAUGCUAUUCAAAGACACAGAAGCUUUCCAAGAUUGAGACUCUCAGGCUUGCCAAGAACUACAUCUGGGCCCUUUCCGAGAUCUUAAGGUCCGGAAAGCGGCCUGAUCUAGUGGCAUAUGUGCAAACCCUCUGCAAGGGCCUCUCACAACCCACAACAAACCUGGUGGCCGGUUGUCUGCAGCUAAACUCCAGGAAUUUCCUGACUGAGCAAGGCCAAGAAGCUGGAAGGUACAGUGGCCCAAAUUCUUCCUUUGCAAUGCACCCUUACUCCUACCAGUGCUCCCGACUCUCAGGCUCCCAGUGCCAGUCCAGCACCAUGACCAACUCUCACGGUCUGAGAAGCCAUGGCUACUGUGCAACCUACGAGUCAUUAUAUGGUAACACGUCUCCGGAAUACAAUAGCUCUGAAUAUGAUGCCCCCUUAAGCCCACCACUGUGCAUUAACGGCAACUUCUCCCUUAAACAGGACUCUUCUCCGGACCACGAUAAAAAUUACCAUUACUCUAUGCACUAUUCUGCCCUGCCAGCCUCCAGGCCUUCCGGGCACAGCCUGCUCUUCGGAUCGUCUGGGAUGCGCAGUGGAGUCCAUUCUGAGAACCUGUUGCCUUACGAUAUGCACGUCCACCACGAUAGGGCCCCGAUGUACGAAGAACUAAAUGCGUUUUUCCAUAACUGACCCCCCAUCCUCCCCCAACCAAACCCAACUUUUCCACGUGUGACUGUGCAACUUGUGCCAAGAAAUAUAUAAGGACCAGUAAGAAGCAGGGCCUGAUUGGCUACGAUUGUUGUAGCCAAAUGUUAUCAGGGUUUUACAUUACAGUAUAUCCAACGUUUCAGCUGAAUAUUGGAAACCCUGCAGUUCUGCAGCCGCAAUGUAUACAGUAUUGAGUUUUGGUGGUUGGCCCUACUGCACUAUUCAGUUGUUUUGGCUGUAAUUACUGAUGCACAAUCAUGGGAUGUGUUGGGAAAAUCUAAGGUCUGGCCAACCAUAACUCGAUUAGAAACAUCAUUUGUUCGAUGUUCCAUCCGAUGUUUUCAUAUAGUACCACUACUAUCUUGACCCCAAGCAUACACGAUGUUAGUUACCAUUGCACUCUCUUUCAUAUACCCGCACAUUAUUUCACUAUGCCUGUACAUGCCCAAGCACCACAUCAUGUUUGCACAUAGAACGUAACCUGCAUUUAGGCACUUGUUUCUGUAUAAUUAUCGUAGAUGUGUUCCCUCAGUAACAGUAUUUUCAUAUUACAUUAGUGUGCAAAAGUGCUUGAAUUGCGCUUUCACGCAGCUAUUUCACCUGGUGAAGGGGACCCGCCUCCGAGGUGCAAUAUAAAGCCCAACCUCUUAGAUAGGAAUGAAUUAAAAAACUUGCGGCACUGCAUAGAGGAUGGAACGGUGUUUAUACAAAUCAUUGCCAAACAUUGUAUCAGUAUUAAAAAAAUAAAUACAUUGUAGUAAACAA